GCUAGCCUGCGCACUGAGCCUCUCGCUUGCUGUUGGUUCCUUCAGGGGUUGGAGCGGCAGGUGCAGGCGCAGAAGUAGCAGUGGUAGUGGUAGAAUCCCUAGCCGCCGCCGGUAGCUCGUCGUCGUGAGCUUGGGGGAUCCGGUCGUGCUGCGUAGGGGGCAGAUCGACCGAGGCGGCGGCUCGGCAUGGCGUCGUCCUUCAACAACAGGCACUGGCCCAGCAUGUUCAGGUCCAAGCACGCCGCGGAGCCGUGGCAGGCGCAGCCUGACAUCAGCGGCUCGCCGCCGCCGUUCCUCUCCGGCGGCGGCAACGCCACCAGCGCCGCCGGCAGCGGCCUCAAGCAUCCCUCCUCGGGCUUCGCAGGGGGCGAGGAGCGGACCCCGGAUCCGAAGCCGCGGUGGAACCCGAAGCCGGAGCAGAUCCGGAUCCUGGAGGCCAUCUUCAACUCCGGCAUGGUCAACCCGCCGCGCGACGAGAUCCCGCGCAUCCGCAUGCGCCUGCUGGAGUACGGCCAGGUCGGCGACGCCAACGUCUUCUACUGGUUCCAGAACCGCAAGUCCCGCUCCAAGAACAAGCUGCGCACCGCGGGCACCGCGCGCGCGCCGGCCCGCGGGGUAGCCGCUGCGGCUCCCGUCGUCGCCACGCCGCCCGCGGUCCAGGCCCCGCAGCAGCUCCUGACCCAGCAGGUCCAGCUGCUUCCGUCGCCGGCGCAGGCGCCCACUUCCUCUUCCUCGUCCUCCUCCGACCGCUCCUCGGGGUCCAGCAGGCCGGCCGCCAAGCGGGCGGCGCAGGAGAUGUCCUCGACGGCGGCCAUGGACCUGCUUGGGCCGCUCGCCGCGGCGUGGCCCCAGAUGUACUACCAGGGCCAGCCCGUGGCUCCGACCUCAGCGCCCGCGCACAAGGUGCAGAACCUCGUGUCCUCCGACGAGCCGAUCUUCCAGCCGUGGCAGCAAGGCUACUGCUUGUCGGCCGCCGAAGUCGCCGCCAUUAUCGCGGGGCAGUACAUGCCGGUGCCCGUGCAACAGCAGCCGCCGCCGUCGUUGCCCGCGGGUGCAUUCUUGGGGCUGUGCAACGAGGUGACUGGCCCAGCCAUCACCGGCCAAAGAAACUGCGCCUGGGGCGCUGGGCUCGGGCAGUACUGUACAGGGGGCGGCAGCGCUGAUCAUCAUCAGCUCGAGCUCAGCAAGAACACCACCACGGCGGCGGCGGCGAACGCCGUGGCCAGGGAGGUGGCGCACGAGGACUCCACGAAGCUGGGGUUGCUGCCAUACUGCUUCGGCGAUAGCACGGCUGUGGACGCGGCCUCCGUCGCUGCCACUUCACCACUUGCGGCAACGCCGGACGCCGCUGUCACCGUGGCGAGCGUCGCCGCUUCUACGGCUGGGCUGGCAGGCUUGCCUGCGAGUACUGUUGUUCCUAAUGGUGUCGUCGCCAGCUAUGAUCUCCUGCAACUGCAAGGACUCGCCGCGGACGGGGCCCUCGGCGUCGGGGCCGUCACCACCACCACCACCGGGGCCGCCGCAUGCGCAGCUGCCGCCGUCUCCGCGGCCGCCGCGGCGCCGUCGGCGCCCACGGGGGCGCGCGCGCACGCGCUGCAGGAGGGCGGCGUCGCGGCGCUGUGCGUCACGGACACCGCCACGGGCAAGAGCGUGGCGCACACCGUCGCGGCGGCGAGGCUGGACGUGCGGGCACAGUUCGGCGAGGCGGCCGUGCUGUUCCGCUGCGCCGGCGAGCGCGGCCUCGACAUCGAGCAGGUCCCCGUCGACGCGUCGGGCCGCACCGUCCAGCCGCUCCAGCACGGCGCCUUCUACUAUGUGCUGGUAUAAAGAACAGACGUACGUGGCGCGUGCAGAAGCUGGCGUUCCCGUGUGCCGCGCAAGAGGCCUACUAGUAGUACGUGCCAGCAAGUGAUUUAGGGUGUCGUGUGCAUGCAUGUGUGCACCGAUUUAUCUAGCAAGGCUAUCCUUUUGUCUCAGAUGUUGUGUUGCGUUCACCGCUGCGCAUACUAACGUACACCAGCAAAAGUGUGGCUUGAUCGUAUGUUGGUGUACUUUGUUCUCCGCAGUUAUAAUUAGUAGUAUAACUAGUACUGUACUGUAGGAUCUUAA